AUUGCUCAAAGUUUCAAAUGUCCAAUUUUAAGAUAGCCUAUGCCUGUCGUUAUUGUGGCAACAUUAUCGGCUAUAAGUCAGCCAAGGCAGGUGAAACCCCCUACGAUGUGCUAUUGACAAGGAUCUACAACUUGUUAUACGAGAACAGGAUCAGAGUGACCUCGAAUGGGGAAAAGUAUCUGAACCUUCAUUGCUCCAAAUGUCGCCUGGAACUAGGACUCCAUUGCCUGGCAAGUGAGAGGAAUAUCGAAUUGAAUGGAAUAAGUCUCCUGCAAAAGGCUCAUCUGGUGGUAUAUGACUCCUUUGAGGUGCCAUUCGAACUACCACACACUGAGUCAGAAUAAAGUU